AACACUUUUAUAAGUAAUUACCCUUCAAACACUUAAUAUCAAGAGAUGGCUACUGUUGCCAAGGAGCUACCAAAGGUGUACACAGAGAACUCAUGGAUGGAGGAGAGGAACGGCGAUAGGGGCAUGCUUAAAUACCCGAGAGAGCUCGACAUUACUAAUGUUGAUGACGGUAAAUCCUGGGUCUGGCACUCCCUGGUCUUCGGAAGCAUCGGUAGAUUGGGGAUGGAGGCACCGAAACUGAUGGGGACGACGCAUGUGGAGAUCCGUGGAGAUUUCAAGAUGUCGAAACUGACACCGGGUCUCAAGUAUCAGGCAGUGCUACUGUGCAUGAAGACUAACGGUAACGAAGGAUGGGAUUCCUGCCCUUUGAACGUAGAGCUUAACCUUCCCGAUGGAACCACACAAAAACGCAAAGUAGACCUGACCAAAUUCCCAACGGAUGAGUUUGUGAUGAUGGUGCUCGGUUACUUUGAGGCCGUUGAGAGCGGCGACAUCACUUUCUCUGUCGUUGACACUUCAAACUGCGUGAAGAAGGGAUUCGUUGUUAAGGAUGCUGCCCUCCGUCCACUCCCCCGUUGAUCUCCUAUAGAUAUUGUGAAUGAACAUUUGAAGAGUUAAUAAUGAA